AUGUUGUUUCGUGCCACAAGAGGCAAUAUGCUUUUCAAUAAGGCACCAGCUGAUGAACAAAUUAUGGAUCCUAUUUCAACUGAGAUGGUUGAGGAGACAGUGUUUGUUGUGUUUUUCUCUGGGGAGCAAGCAAGAACAAAGAUUCUAAAAAUUUGUGAAGCAUUUGGUGCAAAUUGUUACCCUGUUCCUGAAGAUAUAAGUAAGCAAAGGCAAAUAACUCAGGAGGUUUCAUCACGCCUUGCUGACUUAGAGGCCACUUUGGAUGCUGGAAUUAGGCAUCGGAAUAAGGCUCUAUCUUCUGUAGGAGGUCAUUUAGAAAAAUGGAUGGACAUGGUAAGAAGAGAGAAAGCUGUGUAUGAUACGCUGAACAUGUUAAAUUUUGAUGUCACCAAAAAAUGUCUUGUUGCAGAGGGCUGGUGUCCAAUAUUUGCAAGAACACAGAUUCAAGAGGCACUGCAACGUGCAACUUUUGACAGCAAUUCUCAAGUGGGUGUAAUCUUUCAUUCAAUGGAUGCACUGGAAUCGCCCCCUACAUAUUUUAGGACCAACAGUUUCACCAAUCCUUAUCAAGAAAUUGUAGAUGCAUAUGGUGUUGCAAGAUAUCAAGAAGCAAACCCUGCAGUUUACACAACUAUUAUAUUCCCAUUUCUUUUUGCGGUGAUGUUUGGGGACUGGGGCCAUGGAAUAUGCCUGCUGCUUGGAACAUUGGUUCUUAUAGCACAUGAAAGCAAACUCGGCAAUCAGCGACUGGGAAGCUUUAUGGAGAUGCUAUAUGGUGGGCGUUAUGUGCUUCUUCUGAUGUCACUGUUUUCAAUGUAUUGUGGGUUAAUCUACAACGAGUUCUUCUCGGUUCCUUUUCACCUAUUUGGUGCGUCUGCUUACAAAUGCCAAGAUAUUUCAUGCAGGGAUGCACAUACUACUGGCUUAGUAAAAUACAGAGAACCAUACCCAUUUGGUGUAGAUCCCAGCUGGCGUGGAAGUCGUUCUGAAUUACCCUUUUUGAACUCUCUCAAGAUGAAGAUGUCCAUUCUAUUUGGUGUUGUGCAUAUGAACUUAGGAAUUAUGUUAAGUUAUUUCAAUGCUCGUUUCUUUGGCAGUUCGCUGGAUAUAAGGUAUCAGUUUGUGCCGCAGAUGAUUUUCCUCAACAUUCUAUUUGGGUAUCUUUCCCUUCUCAUUGUUGUCAAGUGGUGUUCUGGCUCUCAGGCAGACCUUUAUCAUAUAAUGAUUUACAUGUUUUUAAGCCCCCUUGACAAUCUUGGUGAGAAUGAGUUGUUCAGGGGUCAAAGGCCACUUCAAGUUUUGUUAUUGCUUCUGGCUCUAAUUGCAGUUCCAUGGAUGCUCUUUCCAAAGCCUUUUAUAUUAAAGAAACUUCAUAAUGAGAGAUUUCAAGGAUGUAAUUACGGUGUUCUGAAUACCUCUGAGGUGGAUCUUGAGGUGGAACCGGAUUCUGCCAGGCAACAUCAUGAGGAAUUUAAUUUCAGUGAGGUUUUUGUUCACCAAAUGAUUCACUCCAUUGAGUUUGUUUUGGGUUUUGUUUCAAAUACGGCAUCAUAUCUCCGACUUUGGACCCUUGUGUUGGCUAUUAUUUGA